GAUACUGGCCCGCGGCCAGUUGUACCAACCGUGGGAAUCACUCAGCGAGCCCUUGCACGCCAUUGGUCGGACAUCCCACCUCCAGUUCAUCUUCGUGCAUCCAGGCUCCAGGCGUUCCGCUGGCUACAGAAGAGCCCUGACAUGCUGCCGUGCGUCGCGGUGUUGGCGACUCUGCGGCUGGCGUGCGCAUGGGCGCAGGUCUGCGACGCGGGGGUCAGGUACUUCGAGGGCCGACCGCUGACGGACAGCAGCUCCCGCGGUCUGCUCGACGUGCCGGCCUCCCUCGGCUCGGACGUCCAUGUGCUCGACCUCACCGGCAACAGCAUCGCCGCACUCGCGGACCAGUUCUCUGGCCGCGGCGGCGGCAUCAGGUUCCCCAACCUGACGGCGCUGUACGUCGACGGCAACCGCCUCCGGGAUCUGUCGGGCGACUGCCUCUCCGGGCUGCCCGAGUUGACCAACAUCAGCCUGGCCAACAAUUUGAUCCCGUCCCUUCCCCCGGCAGUCUUCCGCUGGAACCAGAAACUCCAGUUCAUCGACCUGUCCGCGAACCGGAUGGAUUCCCUGGAUCCCGCGGUGUUCCGCAACCUAUCGCGCCUGCGCCACCUGAACGUUUCUCACAACACCAUCAAGGUCCUCCGACCCGACACCUUCUCCGGACUCGAGUCUCUGGAGCGCCUCCUCAUCAGCUACAACCACAUCUCCUCCCUCCACCCUCGAACGUUCCGCGACCUGGCGAAACUCGACGUUCUGGACGCUUCUCACAACAACAUAAGCCACCUGAGCCCGACGCUGUUCUUCGCGCUGAAGAAGAUGAGGGUCCUCGACUUCAGCUUCAACUCGAUGACGAAACUUCCGAAGCAAGUUUUUUUGAGCAUCUGUAGGUUCGGAUUCAUAAAUUUUUCUUUCAAUAAGAUCAGAACUCUGUACUUGAGUUACACGCCUUACGUCGUGCGUGAACAGGACGGCGUGAACGUACUCAAAUCGGAAAGUGGGAUAUGCAGUGGUUUUGCUGGACGCGACGUGCCGUGUUUUUUGGCCGCGAAUCAAUACUCUCACGUGCAUUACAUGGACUUCUCGUAUAAUGACGUGGCUAAUGUGAAAUUUGGCGACUUGGAAUUUUUGCAUUCUUUGGAAGCUGUUAAAAUUUUUUUAGCUGGUAACGACCAACUUGAACUUCCAACCACUUUUAUUCAGAAGGAAAAAUCUAUCAUCGGUUUGUAUUUAGAUUGGACUAAAUUAAGUUGGAAAAAUCUCACUCUAAUCAAUGAAAUCCUGGAUCUUACUCACUUAAAAGUGUUGAGUAUCAAAGGCACCGAGGCAUGCAAUUACUUCACGAGACAGUUAAUUUAUUUAGUAUUCAAUCCUAACAUGAGAGUAAAUGUUAUUUGCAGUGGUCACCAUCCAGCAGAUAAAGAAUUCGGAAUAUCCAGCUUAAGCAAUACAGAUUCACUCAACACGGCAGGCACGCAAAAAAACCAAAAUUUAAAGAAAACACAGGUUUCCAAACAUAAUGGAAACCAAAAUAACUAUCCUUUGGGAAUAGAAUUCGUGAAAACUGUAAUCAACGAAAACAUGCUAUGUGAUUUUAUGGAAGAACGUAUAAUAUUUUCUUUAGAUUUUCACAUUCAGGUUAUCUGUGAAAACAUUCUAGACUGUUCCUACUUGUCUCUGACUAUAAUACCAGACGUAGAACCAUCUUUUUGUGUUCUGCUGUCUCAUAAUAAAUUAAAGUUUCUCCGUGAGGGACAAUUUCAGCAUUUAAGUAACGUUUAUUUACUAGACUUAUCAUUUAACCAUUUGAUCGACCUUACAAUGGGAAUUUUCAGUUCAAUGUGGGAUAUAGAAUUUCUUAAGUUAGAUAAUAAUGAUAUUACCUUCAUCAACUCCCUUUCAUUUGAUAACUUAACACAACUUGUAUACCUUACUCUUCACGGCAAUAGAAUUAGCUCGCAUGAUUCGGUAUUUUUUGAAACAUUUUUCGGUCUGAAUUACUUUGCAAUUUCAUUCUGGAAUCUGUCCUCAUUCGAAGGAGAAUUUUUCUUUAGGGUAUCGAAUUUGAAGAAACUUGAACUUACGUUUUCUACAGCUAGUAAUAAUGGUUAUGUAAUGUGCAACACUUCCUUCUUUGAGAACAUUUGUGGUUUGACUUAUCUCUAUUUGAGCGGUUUGAAUUUCAGUACAGUGUUGGGUAACACAUUCCUUUGUCAAAAUAAUUUAUUUCAUUUGGUUAUGAAUAAAAACUUUUUACCACGUAUUCUCGACAGACCAUUUAGACACCUUAUAAAUUUAUUGUCAUUGAGCUUAAAUGACAACAGCAUAAUAGAACUCGGGAAAUACGUUUUUGAUAACUUAACUGAUCUAAGAGUAAUUGAUUUUUCCUCCAACAAAAUAGAGUCUUUACCAAGCAAUUUAUUUUUACAUACAAAUGAAUUAAUUUUUUUAAAUAUGUCACAUAACCAUAUUUACUUUCUUCCUAAAACAUUGUUUGAAAAAUUGGUGAAACUAACAGUACUUGAUUUAAGUAUGAAUCCUUUGAAGUUUUUGGAUGGAAAUAUUUUUAAUAAUCUUAACUCUAUUAAGAAAUUGAUAAUAAAAUCCAGUAAUAUUUUUAACGGCCAUAAUGCAGAAUCUUUUUUAAGCAACACAGCCUAUGCGCAAAAAUGUACGGAGAAACUCAUGACCGAGGUGUAUGAUAUUGUACAGCAACCCAAUCAGUCACUGAAAAAUGUCUGUGGUACAACAUUAUUCACCAUGCUUAGACUAAAAGAGGAUUUAAGAGAACUUGUCAUUUCCGGUAUCACCAUGAAAAUAAUUUGUAAGCAUGAUUUUCUUAAUUUGACAAAUUUGAAUGGUCUCUUUUUAACAUAUAACGAGAUACAAGAAAUUAAUAUUGGAUCUUUCACUAAUUUAGCAGCUUUAAAUAUUUUAGAUCUUAGUCAUAAUCAUUUGAAAGCAAUAAAAAAUCAUGUUUUCGAAAUCUUGGAACAGUUAAAGCUACUUGAUUUGAGCUCAAACCACAUAGAAACACUUGAGUCCGAGGUAUUUAUUACCUUGCGUGCAUUGAAAUAUUUAUUUCUUCACUGUAACAAAUUGAAAAGAUUUGAUUCCAAUGUUCUUCCUACUAAUACAAUCUUAGAAAUGCUAAGACUUGAUAACAAUUUGAUAACUCUAAAUAAUACAAGUUUCAAGGGUCUGAAAUUUUUGAGUGAAUUAAAUUUGGACAACAACUCAUUAGGAAAUGCCAUUUAUGAUGAAUUUUAUGAUAUGUCUGCACUUAAAGUUUUAAAUAUGAAAAAUACGAAUAUUUGUUCUGUAAAUAUGUUUAGUUUUAAAAACUUUGAAAUUUUAUUUAUUCUCGAUUUACAAAACAGUUGUGUUAGCUCGCUCGUACCUGGACAUUUUUCGUCUUUGAAAAGCAUGGGUUCACUCGACAUCAGUAUAAUGGAUGCAAAUAAAUGUGACGCAUACAAUGCAUUGAGUUGGAAAAAUAUCACACUGAUAAACAGCUGGUUUGAUCUAGUUGAACUUCAAUACAUAAUUCUGAUUGGCCAUCCUAUCUGCGAACGUGAACAGUGGACCUCAAUAAUCGAAAACAUUUUCUUGUCCUACCAGUGGAAAACUGUGGUGUGUUCAACAAGCUAUGAAAUGCCAAAAUGGAUUUUAGACGAAAAAAAUAAUGGUAUAAUGUCAUAUCAGAGUUUUUGGUAUUUUUUCUAUACAGAAUAAAUUAUAUAAUUAUUCGGCUGCAAUCCACACUUUAAACAUAUAUAUAUAUAUAUAAAUUAUUUUCUCUUCGAGUUUUUUAUAAUUCAGUAAUCCUUCAAGCAACAAUUCAUUUUGUUACAAGGCUUUUUUUAACAGUGGUUGAUUUCAAUUUACUAUAAAUCAGUUUAAAGUAGAAAGGCAAGUCACGGCUGCAGCCUGUAAAGAAUGAACGUGACCAACGAAUAAUAAUAAUAAUAAUAAAUAAGAAGCCGUAGGAUGCAAGCCUACAAGAAUCUAAUUUAAAUAAUAUGAAUGAAAUAUGUCCUGGUUAGUGGCAUAAUUAUAAUGCUCCGUAUAAAUAUAUAAAUCAUUGGAAACACAAUUUUCUUAUAUAAAAGCUGUUAAAUAUUAACAGUAUAGAAAACAAAAAUUUAGAAGAGACCCACAACGAAAAC